GUGAGAAAACGAUAUUUCUCACUCUCACUCUGUAACUGCGCCGUCUCCCUCUCUAAAUUUCGUUUUCUCUCUUGCGCCGUUGACACAGUUUAGGGUUUGGGGCCUUAGAUCUCAUCUCGUUACGCCCUCCCAGUUUCAGAUUCUUCAGAUGUCUGAGGAAGGCAUCACGAAUGGCGCUUCAGAUCAUCUGCCCCCUCCUCCACCCGUUCCAGAAGAUUUUACUCCUGCGAAGGUGGAAGUCGAGCCGGUCAAGAAGAAGUCAAACCGUCUUCCAAUGGCUAGGCGGGGAUUUGGCAGCAAGGGCCAAAGAAUCCCAAUUCUCACCAAUCAUUUUAAAGUGAACUUGGCCAGAGUUGACGGGGAUUUCUAUCAGUACAGUGUUGCCCUGCUUUAUGAAGAUGGUAGCCCGGUGGAUGGAAAAGGCAUUGGUAGGAAAGUCCUUGACAGAGUGCAUGAGACGUACGACACAGAGUUGGCUGGACGACACUUUGCUUAUGAUGGUGAGAAAAGCUUGUUCACUGUUGGUGCUCUUCCAAGAAACAAGCUUGAGUUCACUGUGGUUCUUGAGGAUGUUACCUCUAACAGGAACAAUGGGAACCGCAGUCCUGAAGAUACCAAUGACAGUGACAAGAAGAGGCUGAGGCGUCCUUACCAUUCGAAGACCUACAAGGUUGAGAUUAGCUUUGCUACCAAGAUCCCUAUGCAGGCUAUUGCCAAUGCUUUACGUGGUCAAGAAUCAGAGAACUCUCAAGAAGCUUUAAGGGUUUUGGAUAUCAUCCUGAGACAACAUGCUGCCAAGCAGGGAUGCCUGCUCGUGAGGCAAUCGUUCUUCCACAACGACCCAAAGAACUUUGCUGAUGUUGGAGGCGGUGUUCUUGGAUGCAGAGGGUUUCAUUCCAGUUUUAGGACUGUACAAGAUGGAUUGUCUCUGAACAUCGAUGUGUCUACUACAAUGAUUAUUCAACCUGGCCCAGUUGUUGAUUUCUUGAUUGCCAAUCAAAACGUAAAGGAUCCCUUUAGCCUUGACUGGGCUAAGGCCAAAAGAACUCUGAAAAAUUUGAGGGUGAAGACGAGUCCUACAAAUCAAGAGUACAAAAUAACUGGUUUGAGUGAGAAGAACUGCAGGGAGCAGUUAUUUUCUUUGAAGCAAAAGAGUAAAGAUAAUGAUGGUGGUGAACUUCAAGCUACAGAAGUUACAGUAUAUGAUUACUUUGUCAAUCACCGGAACAUAGACCUGCGUUAUUCAGCUGAACUACCGUGUAUCAAUGUUGGAAAGCCAAAACGCCCAACAUACUUCCCCAUUGAGCUGUGUACUUUGGUGUCAUUGCAACGUUACACCAAAGCUUUGAAUACCUUCCAAAGGUCUUCCUUAGUGGAGAAAUCAAGACAGAAGCCUCAAGAGAGGAUGCAAGUAUUGAGCAACGCACUGAAAAUCAAUAACUAUGAUGCUGAGCCACUUCUUCGCUCGUGUGGUGUAUCCAUUGGUAGUAACUUCACUCAGGUUGAGGGACGUGUUCUGCCGUCUCCAAAGUUGAAAGUUGGAAAUGGGGAAGAUUUCUUCCCUCGUAAUGGGAGGUGGAACUUUAAUAACAAGAAACUUGUCGAUCCCUGCAAGAUUGAACGUUGGGCUGUUGUCAACUUUUCUGCACGCUGUGACAUCCGUGGGCUUGUCAGCAAUCUGAUAAAAUGUGGAGAAUUGAAAGGAAUUGCCGUUGAAGCCCCUUUUGAUGUGUUUGAAGAAAGUGCUCAGUUCAGAAGGGCCCCACCAAUGGUCAGAGUAGAAAAAAUGUUUGAAUUGGUCCAAUCCAAGCUUCCGGGGGCACCCAAGUUCCUGCUUUGUAUUCUUCCAGAAAGAAAGAAUUGUGACAUCUAUGGGCCAUGGAAAAGAAAGAAUCUUGCUGAGUAUGGUAUAGUGACUCAAUGCAUCGCACCCACCAGAGUGAACGAUCAGUAUAUAACAAAUGUUCUGCUCAAGAUAAAUGCCAAGCUUGGUGGAUUAAAUUCAAUGUUACUUUCUGAGCAUUCUCCUUCUAUCCCUGCGGUGUCUAAAGUUCCCACUAUUAUAAUUGGAAUGGAUGUGUCACAUGGCUCUCCUGGUCAGACAGAUAUCCCUUCAAUAGCUGCGGUUGUUAGCUCUAGGCAGUGGCCUUCAGUUUCUCGCUAUAGGGCAUCAGUCCGCACACAAUCAGCGAAGGUUGAAAUGAUUGAUAACUUGUUUAAACCUGUUGAUUCUGAAGAUGAAGGCAUUAUGAGGGAGCUUCUGCUUGACUUUUAUGUUAGUUCUGGUAAAAGGAAGCCCGAUCAGAUUAUAAUCUUCAGGGAUGGUGUCAGUGAAUCCCAAUUCAAUCAAGUAUUGAAUGUCGAGCUUGAUCAGAUCAUUGAGGCUUGCAAAUUUCUAGAUGAGAAAUGGAAUCCCAAGUUUACUGUCAUUGUUGCUCAGAAGAACCAUCAUACAAAGUUCUUUCAGCCCGGGGCUCCUGAAAACGUUCCACCAGGUACAAUUAUAGACAACAAGGUUUGCCAUCCUAGGAACAAUGACUUCUACUUGUGCGCCCAUGCAGGAAUGAUAGGCACCACACGGCCAACACAUUACCAUGUUCUCAUGGAUGAUGUGGGUUUCUCUGCUGAUGAACUUCAAGAACUCGUCCACAGCUUAUCAUACGUGUACCAACGAAGCACAACUGCCAUCUCCAUUGUUGCUCCUAUAUGCUAUGCACAUCUAGCUGCCACUCAGUUGGGACAAUGGAUGAAAUUUGGGGACUCAUCUGACACCUCAUCAAGGGAUGGUGGUGCGAAAACUGCAGCUCCGGUCCCACAGUUGCCAAAGCUGGAGGACAAAGUGUCCAGUUCCAUGUUCUUCUGUUAAGUAGUAGCUUGAAUGGGGUGUGGUGGGGGCGGGGGUUGUAUAUAUAAGUAGUAGACAGUAUCUCGAUCUUUAUAAUGCCAGUCUUGGGUGCUGCUGCUGGCUAAGACUCGCUUUUUUUUCUCUUUUGGGUUCUCCUGUGCAACAAAUUUGUUUUGAGACUUGUUUUGCUACUGCUGCUUUUGUAGCACGGGGAAGUUAUCCAUCCAAACAUUAUGGCGACUGUUUAGAAGUUAUCUGUUUUCAGGUAAUGAGUAACCCCCACUCAACAUUGUCAUUUUACUUUUUUUUUCACUUGGUGCUCUCAAAAUUCUUGGACAUCGAAACCAACAACUGUCUAACCAAACCUGAUCAAACUAUUAAAUUCACUAAUUUAGUUUAGUCACUAGAA